AUGAGCCGCAGCUCGCCGCGCGCGCCGCCCCCGGGCGCCCCCCGGCCGCCCCGCGCCCCGGCCCCGGCCCGGCCCCGGCGCCCCGGCCGCCGCUGGCCCGCGUCCCCGCUCGGCAUGAAGGUGUUCCGCAGGAAGGCGCUGCUGCUGUGCGCCGGCUACGCGCUGCUGCUGGGGCUGACGGCGCUCAACCUCCUGGACUACAGGUGGCACCGCGAGGCCCCGCCGCGGCCCUGCGGCCCCGACGGCCCCGGCGCGCCCCGCCGCGCCGCCCUCCCGCCGCGCGCGCCCCCCGCGUCCCCGCCCGCGCCGCCGCCGCCCGCCAACGCCGACAACCGCACGGCCACGCGCGGCCCCCCGGGCCGGGCCGGGCCGCGGCAGCUGGUGUACGUGCUCACCACGUGGCGCUCGGGCUCGUCUUUCUUCGGGGAGCUCUUCAACCAGCACCCCGACGUGUUCUUCCUCUACGAGCCGGUGUGGCACGUGUGGCAGAAGCUGUACCCCGGCGACGCCGUGUCGCUGCAGGGCGCGGCGCGGGACAUGCUGAGCGCGCUCUACCGCUGCGACCUCUCCGUGUUCCAGCUGUACGGCCCGGCGGGCGGCGGCGGCCGCAACCUCACCACGCUCGGCAUCUUCGGCGCCGCCACCAACAAGGUGGUGUGCUCGGCGCCGCUGUGCCCGGCCUACCGCAAGGAGGUGGUGGCGCUGGUGGACGACCGCGUGUGCAAGAAGUGCCCGCCGCAGCGCCUGGCGCGCCUGGAGGCCGAGUGCCGGCGCUACCGCGCGCUGGCCAUCAAGGGCGUGCGCGUCUUCGACGUGGCCGUGCUGGCGCCGCUGCUGCGCGACCCCGCGCUCGACCUCAAGGUGGUGCACCUGGUGCGCGACCCGCGCGCCGUGGCCGCCUCGCGCAUCCGCUCGCGCCACGGCCUCAUCCGCGAGUCCCUGCAGGUGGUGCGCAGCCGCGACCCGCGCGCGCACCGCGCGCCCCCCGCCGCCGCCGCCGCCCCCCGAGGGCACCGGCCGGGCCUGGGCGGCGGCGGCGCGCGCAAGGAGGGCGCGGCGGGCGGCCCCGCCGACUACCACGCGCUGGGCGCCAUGGAGGUCAUCUGCCACAGCAUGGCCGCCACGCUGCAGACGGCGCUGCGCCCGCCCGACUGGCUGCGCGGCCGCUACCUGGCCGUGCGCUACGAGGACCUGGUGGGCGACCCCGUGCGCACGCUGCGCCGCGUCUACGCCUUCGUGGGGCUGCCCGUCAGCGCCGCCAUGGAGCAGUUCGCGCUCAACAUGACCAGCGGGCCCGCCGCCGCCGCCAAGCCCUUCGUGGUGUCGGCGCGCAACGCCACGCAGGCCGCCAGCGCCUGGCGCUCGGCGCUCAGCUUCGCGCAGGUGCGGCAGGUGGAGGAGUUCUGCGCGCAGCCCAUGGCCGUGCUGGGCUACGAGCGCGCGCGCGGCCCCGAGGACGUGCGCGACCUCAGCAAGCCGCUGCUGCGCAAGCCCCGCCUCUGAGCGCCCGCCCGGGGGCGUGGCCCUCUGGAGCCCCGCCUCUGAACAACCUGCGGAGGCGUGGUCCUCACCAGCCCCGCCCCGAGUGCCCUUCCCCGGGGGCGUGGUCCUCACAAGCCCCGCCUCCGACCGCCCUCCUCCCCAGGGGCGGGGCCCCCGCAAGCCCGGCCUCUGCCCUCCCCGCCUGGGGGCGUGGCUCUAAGAAGCUCCGCCUCUGGGCGUCCCCAGGGGCGGGGCCCCCCGCCAGCUCCGCCCCCGAGCGCUGGACGGACCCACGGAUGGGCAGAAGGAAGGGGCCGGCGCUGCGUCCUCGCGGAGCCGAUCCUCGUAGUCUACCGUAGACCGGUCACGUCGCGCGGACCCGGGCUCGGCCGUGGGAGCGGCGCGCACGCGCACACCCGCGCACCUGCACAGAAGGGGCCGACGGCGCUGACCUCGGGCGCGGGGCCGGCGGCGGGCUGCGUGUGAAUAAAGACCACCGAACGA